AUGCGCACCAUCUUCACAGCAGCAGCGACAGCAGCAUUCUGCUCUCUCGCCUCCACCCUCCCAACAUCCAACCUCACCCCACGAGCAGGCGGCCCGGCGAUCGUACCCAUCCCCUCCACCUGCACCGUCACACCACUCGCUCCGCCCAGCAGCAGCAGCAGCAGCAACAACAACAACAACAACAACCAGUCCUUCCUCCCCGCCCCCGGCACCGCCGACGCCUCCCUCUACAGCGCAUACUAUCCCUCCUUCUCCUCAAACAAAACCCAAAUGGCCCAGCAGUGCCUACAACAAUGUUACGGCUACGGCGACCACAUCGAGUGCAAAACUGCGUUUUGGGCUGAGAAUGUGGUUGUGCCCCCGGGUUAUUAUGGGACUGAGGGUGGGUAUCUGGCUACAGCUUGCUUGAUGUUUGAUCGCGUGUUGAGUGAGGGGGAUUUUGUCGGGGCGCCCCAGGGGCAGGGGACUGGGGCUUUUGCCGCGACGGUGGAGUGUUGA